AUGUUACAUUGUCUGCCUUACAGGAAGCAACAGGAAACGGUUAAUGGAGGAGCGUCAGAACGGGCAGAAAUAACACCAGACAUCCCUCAGGGGUCAGUUAUUAGGCUACUUCUGUUUGAAAUCUUCCUAAAUGAUCUGCCAGACCUGGCUUCUUUAGUCAUCUGCUUGUUUGCUGACGUUAUCAAAAGCAAAAUUGAUAACGAGGUUGACAAGGGUACGCUGCAAAUUGACUUCUCUAUUCAAUUAUCCAAUAGGAUAUCAAUUAUCCAAAAGGAUAAACAACACAAAAUACAGAAAUUUAUUUCCCUGCGACAGAGGCACUGCGACAUCACACCUCUCAAUUAA